AUGGAACCGUCAGUAAAUUCUACCGCGCCAUCUAGCAACGGCAAGCCAUCAGAUACUAAAUUAAUGAAAAAAUGUUUGAUAAUUAAGAAAAAAGAUGAUGCAGUUCGGCCAUUAUCUCCACAACCAGGUCCAAGCAAACCGUCUACUUCAGUUCAAGAAGAAUCAGAGGAAACGAGACCGAGUACAACAAAUGAAUUAGACUCCACUUCUGAUUCUGAUAAUUCAGUAUCCAGUAAGAUCCAGAAGAUCAACCAACCUCAAAAGAAAAAAAUAUAUUCCCAAAAAUACAAGGCUGAGUGGGAGCAGCAUGAAAAUUUAAGAACUGGGUGCACCAAGUUCCUGUGGAAGUUUAAAAAAAUUUAA